AUGAUUAAUACUGGAUUCGAUCCUCUGCAACAUACAAGCGUGUAUCAUGGCAAAGAAGAUUCAGAUGAUAGUGACGGAGAAGGAGGUUUGGGAAACGUAAACCGACAAAUUAUGCGCCCUCCAGGACACAGUGGAAAGGCUAAAAGGGGUCAUCUCUGCUUUGAUGCUUCGUUCGAGUGCGGAAAUUUGGGAAGAGUGGACUUAGUUAAUGAAUACGAAUAUGAUUUAUUUAUAAGACCUGAUACAUGCAGUCCUAGACUCCGAUUUUGGUUCAAUUUUACUGUGGAUAAUGUCAAAUUGGAACAAAGGGUUAUAUUUAAUAUUGUUAAUAUUAGUAAAGAAAGGAAUUUAUUCAUGGAGAAUAUGACACCUCUGGUCAAAUCAUCGAGCAGACCCAAAUGGCAAAGAAUACCAAAAAAACACGUAUUCUACCACAAAUCAAAUGUCCAUCAAGGCCACUACGUAUUGAGUUUUUCUUUUGGCUUUGAUAAAGAAGAAGAUAUUUUUCAGUUUGCUUUGGCUCCACCCUACAGCUAUUCUAAACUUCAAACAUUUUUAUCCUCACUUGAAAAAAAGGCUGCCUACCUUAAUGAUAGUUUUACUAAAGAACUUCUUGUUAAUAGUGUGGUAAGUUGGGUUAAAAUUGCAAUUACUAUUUCGUUUUAUUUGAUUUUUUUUCAGCAAAAGCGAAGAAUUGAUUUAAUUACUAUAGGGUCCCUACCUCCUGUUUCCAAUGUGAAAACUAAACCUAAAGUCAAAAGAAGAAUGGUUUGUAUAAUGGCUCGAAUCCAUCCUGGAGAAACCCCUGCUAACUUUGUCUGUCAGGGUCUUCUGGAACUUUUAAUUAGUUCAAGUCCUAUAGCAGCUAUUUUACGAGAUAAUGUUAUAUUCAAGGUCAUACCAAUGCUGAAUCCGGACGGUGUAUUUUUAGGAAACUACCGAAGUACUGUUAUGGGGAGCGAUCUAAACAGAUCUUGGCACAUUGCCAAUCAAUGGCUUCAUCCAACUAUUAGGGCUGUGAUCGAUACAUUGACAAUAUUAGACAAAAGUAAAGAAUUUCAGUUGGAUUUUGUUGUAGAUAUUCAUGCUCAUUCUAGUUUAACAGGAUGUUUUGUAUAUGGCAAUACAUAUGAUGAUGUCUACAGAUAUGAAAGACAUAUUCUAUUUCCCAAACUUCUCGCAACGACAUCUGAUGAUUAUGUACCUGCAAACACCAUGUUUAAUUCCGAUAGUUCAAAAGUAGGCACAUCUAGAAGAUUUUUAUGCUCUUUAUUGAACGAAAAAACUAAUUGCUAUACGUUUGAAGUAUCUAUAUUUGGUUAUAAAUUGAAAGGAAGUGAUAUUUUAAUACCCUAUUCGGAAGAAAGUUAUAUGCGAUGUGGAAGAAAUCUCGUAAGAACUUUUCUAGAGUAUUACCAAAACACUGGUGCAAUUCCACUCCAAAUAACAUCAGCAGUAUCUAGUCAAAGAAAACGAGCCAGGACAUGCCAAGUACGGCAAAGAAAUAAGAAUUAUGUAAGGAAUAAAACUCCUUUGACUGGCCGAACUCAAGCUCAGCUACAUUUCAAACACUUAAACAUGAACUAUGACAGUGAGACCUCUGCGGACGAUUGUACCUUUUCUAAUAGAAAUGCGAGUCCUAGAAAAUAUUUCGACAAAAUACCGGAACACUUCAACUCAAGAAAAAGUGCCAAAAAUGUGUCUCAGAAGAAUUAUCACUUUAGAAGCGGUUCGCCUAUAGCUACAACAUUUGUGGUUCUACCGGAACCGAGUUUAACAGUAAUCGAUUUCAAUGUAAUGUCUCGAGAUGAUAUUGAUAGGGUUUCCAAUUUCAAUAAAAUAAAGAAAGUUUUCAAUUGUUAA